GAUGGCAGCCGAGACGCUGAAUUUUGGUCCAGAGUGGCUUCGUGCGCUCUCGGGUGGUGGGAGCGUCACUUCCCCUCCGCCUUCUCCUGCCAUGCCAAAGUACAAACUAGCCGAGUACCGAUAUGGGCGGGAAGAGAUGUUAGCACUUUACGUCAAGGACAACAAGGUCCCAGAGGAAAUCCAAGAUAAAGAGUUCUCUGCUGUCCUUCAGGAUGACCCUCUGCAACCGCUGGCGUUGGUACCAUUAACGGAGGAAGAGCAGAGGAAUUUCUCCAUUUCUGUGAACAGUGUUGCAGUGCUGAGGCUGAUGGGAAAGGGGGGCGGGGCUACCCCAGCGGGCGUCUCCCGUGGGAGAGGCAGCACACGGAGCCGAGGCCGAGGCCGGGGCGAGAGUGGCUUUUACCAAAGAAGCGUGGAGGAGGCAGAAGGAGCAUUUGCCCGUGGCAACGGCCGGGAGAUACACCGCAGCCAGAGUUGGGAUGACCGAGGAGAACGGAGAUUCGAGAAGCCCAUCCGCCGGGAAGGAGCUCGGGCCCCAUUCGAAGAGGUAGCUCCCCCGGGCCGUAAAGACUUUGCCCGCUCAGACAGUGACAACUGGCGCACUCUGCGGGAGGAGCAUGAGGGUGAAGAGGAGAGCGCUGCGGCCGUUGCUGUGGGCUCAGGGGGCAGCUGGCGGCAGAGUGGAGGAGCCCGGCGGGAGAGUGAGCGCUGGCGGUCGGCCAGCCCAGAUGGAGCACCUCGGUCGGCCGGGUGGCGAGAACACGGUGGAGAAGGGCGCCGGCGGAAGUUUGACUUUGACUUCCGGGAUCGCGAGGACGAGCCCCGGAGCGGCCGCCGCCACCGGCACAACAGCGACAGCUUUGAGGAGGACAAGGACGGCCUGCCCGAGUGGUGCCUGGAAGACGAGGAGGAGGAAAUGGGGACUUUCGACUCCUCUGGGGCCUUCAUGCCCCUCAAGAAGAGUCCCAAAGAGCCCAUUCCGGAGGAGCAGGAGCUGAGUUUCCUUCCCCUGCAAGAAGAGGAGGAGGAGGAGGACCGGCCGGAGGCCAAGGACGGUGAGCAGGGGGAGAGUGGCAACAGCCCUGUUGCCCCCAUGGCCAAGGAAGGGGCAGAAAGAGAGCGGAUGGAGCUCCAGCUGGUGCCUGACGAGAAGCCCACAGCGCCUCCAGGGGCCCCGUGGCGCUCCGGCCCCCCUUUCUCCGCGGCUGCUGAUGCUGCCCCCAUUGGUGGAUGUGAGAGUGCCGUGCCAGGGGCUGCCUCCAAAGCAGAGGGGUCGGUGAUGGCGGCCGGAUGCAUUAAAGACGUGGAAACUGCAAAUGGGGCUCCGGGCAUGCUGAGCCACCCGACUCGGAUCAACCCUGCGGCAGGCUCAGCCCUUUCCUCAUCCGCUGCUGCUGCUCCUGAAUUCACAGUUGGGGACAACGAGGACGAGGAUGGGAUGAAGCACCUGCAGCAGGAAGCAGAGAAGAUGGUGGCUUCCCUACAAGACAGCUCCCUGGAGGAGGAACACUUCACACAGGCCAUCGGGGACCACCGCAACACUGCCGCGGCCCUACCCCUCUCUCACGAAGCCGCCAUGAAGUGGUUCUACAAGGAUCCCCAAGGGGAGAUCCAAGGCCCCUUCACGACCCAAGAGAUGGCUGAGUGGUUCCAGGCCGGCUACUUCACCAUGUCCCUGCUGGUGAAGCGAGGCUGUGACGAGGGCUUCCAGCCACUGGGUGAAGUCAUAAAGAUGUGGGGAAGAGUGCCUUUCGCUCCAGGCCCAUCGCCGCCCCCAUUACUGGUGAGAAGGGAGAGGGCCGCGGGGGUGCUGAAGGUGUUUGCAGAGGGACGGGCACCAGACCGGGCAAAGCCGGGGCUGGCCCACCUGCGCCCACACCACAAGCGCCCGUUUGGAGCAGCACUGAAGCAGGAUGUGACACGUGAGGGAAACAUGGACCAGGAGCGCCUGAAGAAGCAGCAGGAGCUGGCGGCCGCCACCCUCUACCAGCAGCUCCAGCACCAGCAGCUGCUCCAGCUGGCCAACAGCAGGCAGCAGUAUGCCCAGUGUGCCCUCCAGCAGAAGGUGGCGACGGGGGACCUGACGCAGCAGCAGCUGGCCACCUUCCUGCAGCAGCUGCAGGCUCUCAAGCCGAGGUCCGGGGAGCAGGGCAUGAUUCCUUCUCUGAACCGAUCGAUAUCUGUGCCAGACACCGGGUCCCUGUGGGACACGCAUACCUCAGCCUCAUCACAAGCAGGUGGUGAAGCCAACUUAUGGGAUAUUCCCAUUAGUUCUUCAACUCAGGGUCCAAUCUUAGAACAACUUCAACUGCAGCAUAAACUACAAGAGCGGAGAGGCGCUGAACUCAGAGCUAAGCGCGACGAGGAUGAGCGCAAACGGCGCCGUGAGGAAGAGGAGCUGUUCAGGCGCAAGCAGCUGCCAUCUUCCUCAUCCUGGGGCCAGCAAUCAGUGAACAGCGCCUCCACCCAGAAUAGCUUCAGCAUGGCCGACAUUCAGAAGCUAGGAGAUGCCCGAGCAUGCCGAGAGCUACGGGAGGAGUGCCGUCAGCAGGAGCUGUUGCUUAAAUUGCUGCAGCAGCAGAAUUCGCACCCUCUCUGGGGGGGUUUGGCCAAACAGAAUGUCUCCAUGAAGGCUCUGCUGGAGCUGCAGCAAGAGACAGAGCGGCACAUGCAGAAGCAGCAGCGGGCCCAGCAGAGAGCUCAUGGGGGCCACAACCUAAACAGCCUGCCCUCUCAGUGGGGGGUGGACUCAAGCCCGCUGUGGGGUGGGCACGAGAAGAGCAGCUCCAUCAGCCUCUGGGAGGAGAGCAUGAAGAACUCCAGCCCCCUUGCCCGGAGCCUCGGCUUAAAGAACAGCCGCAGCAGCCCUUCGUUGGGGGACACGUACAGUGCCUCUUGUCGGCAGAGCAGGAAGAAGACGGACGAGGAGGAGAAGCUCUUGAAACUGCUUCAGGGACUCCACAAGCCCCAGGACGGCUUCACGCAGUGGUGCGAGCAGAUGCUCCACGCCCUCAAUACCUCCAGCAGCCUUGAUGUGCCCACGGUGGUGGCGUUCCUGAAGGAGGUGGAGUCCCCCUACGACGUCCAUGACUGCAUCCGCUCCUACCUGGGGGACACCGUGGAAGCCAAAGAGUUCGCAAAGCAGUUCCUGGAGCGCCGUGCCAAGCAGAGAGCCAAUCAGCAGCGCCAGCAGCAGCAGGAAGCCCCCUGGCUGAGCUCCAGCAGUCUGCAGUCCAUAUUCCAGUCCAACCACCACCCCAAGCAACCCUCGUUCGAGAACAGCCAAGCCGUGAAGAUCAAGAGGCGCCCAAUGAUGCUCCACGCCGACCCCAGCAUCCUGGGCUAUGCUCUUCAUGGCUCCGCGAGUGAACUGGAACCAGUGGAGGACUACUGACCCCACCCCCUUCAGCAAUAGGAACCCUCUCCCUGUGUCUCCUCUCUGCCACCGCUGCCUUGAUUUCACCAAUUUCGGUUGGGGGUGAAAGUGCCCUGCAGGAGAGAGAUGGUCUGGUGCCCUCCACAGCCCCCUGGGCAGGGGCAGGAGGAGGUAGCACGGUGGAGUGGUCCGUGGCAACGAGGGUCAGUUGGCUGGACAAGGAGGAUGUUUAGCACUGCUUCUUUCCUUACAAAGCACCUUAAUGAACAAACAAACAAAAACCUUUUCUGCCAUGCACUUUAUCAAGACUUUUUUUUUACAGUGACUUGUUACAAAUUCCCAAAAAAGGAAAAAAAAAUACAAGUU